CCGAGAGGGCGCCGCGGGGGAGAAACGGAUCUUGGGGACUCGGUCGACGUGAGGCAUCCCGAGGCGACAUGAACCGGGUGCCCGUGUUCCUGAGCGCGGCUGAGGUGCUGCAGCAUCUCCGCAGCUCCAGCGUCCUCAUCCCGCCGCUGGAGGCGGCUCUGGCCAACUUCUCCAGCGGCCCCCAAGGCGGGGUGGUGCAACCGGUGCGCACCGUGGUGCCCGUCGCCAAGCACCGCGGUUUCCUGGGAGUCAUGCCUGCCUACAGUGCAGCAGAGGAUGCCCUGACCACCAAGCUGGUCACCUUCUACGAGGGACUGAGCCACGCCUCUACGGUCCCCUCGCACCAGGCCACUGUGCUGCUCUUUGAGCCUAGCAAUGGCUCCCUUCUGGCGGUGAUGGAUGGAAAUGUCAUAACAGCCAAAAGAACAGCUGCAGUGUCUGCUAUUGCCACCAAGUUUUUGAAGCCUUCCAGCAGUGAGGUGCUCAGCAUUCUUGGGGCUGGGGUCCAGGCCUACAGUCACUAUGAGGUCUUCACAGAGCAGUUCUCUUUUAAGGAGGUGAGAAUAUGGAAUCGAACUGAAGAAAAUGCUAAGAAAUUUGCAGGUGCUGUUGAAGGAGAGGUGCGGGUCUGUUCAUCAGUCCAAGAGGCUGUAGCAGGUGCAGAUGUGAUUAUAACAGUCACCAUGGCAACAGAACCCAUUUUGUUUGGAAAAUGGGUAAAACCAGGGGCUCACAUCAAUGCCAUUGGAGCCAGCAGGCCAGACUGGAGAGAACUGGACGAUGAGCUCAUGAGCCAUGCUGUGCUGUAUGUGGACUCAAGGGAGGCUGCCCUGAAAGAGUCUGGAGAUGUCCUCCUGUCGGGGGCCAAGAUCUUUGCUGAGCUGGGAGAGGUGGUGAAGGGAGUGAAACCAGCCCAUUGUGAGAAGACUACAGUGUUCAAGUCUUUAGGAAUGGCUAUAGAAGACAUGGUGGCAGCCAAACUCGUGUAUGAUUCCUGGUCAUCAAAUAAGUGAACAGUAGGAGCCUUGUGUGGCAGUGGAUGUUGCAGCUAAAGAAAGCUACAUCGCCACCAAGUAAUCUCUAUCUAACUCUGGUGAAAGAUGUCAGUUCCCAAUGAGUUCAUGUCUUGUGCUUACUACGUCUUACCUUAAUAAUGAGAUCUCCAUUGUUUGUAGUUGGAAAGCAAAGCUAGGUGGACAUUUUUCCUGUUAUACCUGCCAGAUUAUUGUAUCACACCCCUUCCUUUGUAUUUCACUCCCUUUUGUAAUUCCUUGAAAUAAAGCCUUUCUGCAGUUCUUA